AGUAGACACGAGGUGAAAGCACGUGUUGUCAUACAAGUGAUCUUAUUAUUAAUUAUAAAUAAAUAUAUAAAUAAUUAAGUGAAUAAUGACUAAAAUACGUAAAGUAAAGCGUAGACAAAGAUACAAAGUUGAUGUAAACCGUAAAAGACUGCGAAAUAAAUUACGUAAAAAACCAAGUAUUCAAUGCGAGCAGAUAAAAGAUGCAUGGGAAAAUUCAAAAUCAACGCGUCGUAAUUUAUUACAAAUGGGUUUGGCAUACGACGCAAAUAAAGUGUUAAAAGUACCCAGUAAUAAAAAAACUAUUCUUCAGAGUGUAAAAAAAUCAAAAAAUUCAACUGAAGAUGAUGAAGAAGAAGAAGUAGAAAAAGUAGGAAAUAAAAAAGUUCCUAAAAAAAUUCACGUCGCAUUGGAAUUAGAAGCCGAAGCACGAGCACCACGUGUACGUUUAUUUCGUUUGCCGCAAAAUCAAGUUAAUUUCCUUACUUAUUUAAUGGACAAGUACGCAGAUGACUACGAAGCAAUGGCGCGUGAUAAAAAAAAUUAUUAUCAAUUGACUUGGAGGCAGAUAAGAGGAAAAAUAAACGUUUUUAAAGGCAUCCCUGAACAGUAUGCCGAGUAUUUGGUUAAAAAAGGCGAAAUUGUUCUCGAUGAUCCAGAACCUUUGGAAGUUACUAAGAAAAAAAUAGCUGAGGAUAAUUUUAAAAAAUUCAAUACGCCUCAGCCUGGAAGUAAGAGACAGUUGAAGAAAGAGAGGAAGCAGAUGAAGGAAAAAGUCGGUUGGAUUGAAGAGGAUGUUGAUAAUGAUCAUGAUCAUGAUCAUGAUAGUAAUGAUGAUAAUGAUGAAUUUAAUUAUGCUAAGGCUGAUAAAUUGGAAGAUGUUGACUCGAGUAAAACAGAGGGUGGUGAAAAAAUCAAAUUGUUUUCUGAUGAUGAGGAUGAGGAUGAGAAAGAGGAAGAAGUGAAGCCGAAGAAGAUGAGGAAAGAAAAGAAAAUUAUUGAAGAGGUUCUGAGUGAUGACAGUACGGAUGCUGAUUUGGAGGAUGAUGAUGAUGAUGAUGAUGAUGGGGACUUUAAGAACUUGAGUGAUUUGAGUGACGAAGAGCUAUCGGAAGAUGAUCUAGAAUUUUCUAGCGAUUCUGAUGAAUGAUUAUUUAAAUUCAAUUUUGAGGAAGACGAGCGAUGACGUGUUACCUAACAGACGUAAUUUUGAAUGAAUUGGGUUUCAGAUUCAAAACUAUUUUUAAAACUUAUCGGGAAAUUAUUCGAGCACAAAUUCCAUGCUGUCAAAAUUUUUUUAAUAAAAUUCUAAAUUAUUAUGUACCUGAAGAUCGGAACGUUUUUCUCGCAACGAAAAUGAAAAUAAUUUAUGUAAUUUGACUCUAGGUGACUUCGGGGGUAGUUAGGAGUGUCCUAUAAUUUCCGGUUGACGUACGAAACAUUUCAGAAAUCUAAGUCCAGUAGAUUUUUUACUUUUCAUUUCUUUUUUUUUUUCAUUUUCGAUUCGCGAGAAACGUUCCGAUCUUCGGUACAUAAAUUAGUAUAAAAUCUUAUAAAAAAUGUUUGGGAAAAAAAGUUGGAAAUUCUAUGAUCUUAAAGUCAAUUAACUCAGACAAUAAAUAAUUUUUUUUUUUCAACAAAUUAAUUAUGAAGAAAAACAAAAUUUAAAAUAUAUGAUCCUGAAGUUAACAGACAAUUAAAAAUUUUCAGAUAUUUUUUGCAAUGAAUCAAUUAUAAAAAAAAAAAAAUCUACAAAUAUGCACAUGUAGAAAACUAAA